GGAUGAAGUAACCCAGGAAUCUGAAAAAAACAGGUUUUCUGCAGCAGAUUGAUCAGAUCCAGGUGGAGAUCGACUCCCUACAAACGGCAAUGGAUGUAAAAGAGCAAAGCAUUGAAAAACUGAAAAGUGCAAUAAAAGGUGAGGAAAGAAAAUGUUAUAAAAUGCAAAAGUUAAACCCAUUAAGGAUUAAGAAGGUACCCACACAACCGCUAAAAGACAAGCAAGUAGGGGUAAUGAUAAAGAAAUUAAGUGAUAAAAUGUACCCAGUGACUUUACCUGCUCAAACAGGAGAGGCUGCUGCUGAAUGUAAACCUGAGAGUUCACCUGGGUGCGAUAAACCAGCAGCCCUCAGCAUUGCCAUACCUGAAUGGUUAAAUGAAAUAACUGUCCAUAAGCUGAGAUCUAGGAGCAUAAAGCGUGUUGUGGAAAGACUUAUUGAGAAUGAAAGUGAUUUGCAAAAACCUCUUGGUGUAAGCAUUACAAGAGAUUCAACACAAAGCAGGGAUUCCACAGCAAAGCAAAAUCUGGAGCAAUCACCAGAUAGACAUCUGCAAUCUGGAACUGGCUCUAACAAUGCGGUAGGACAAAAACAUGGACCGGAUUCAGGUACUAAAAUGGGAACAGGAACCAGCAAACAGAGCAGCACACAGGUAAAUGUACAACAACCUGCAGCAAGCGGGAAUUUGUUUUCACACGUUGCAAGAUCAAGGGGAGAUGUAUCUAAGCGGAAGAAUGCAGUGCAUCUGUUGUUCACAGGACCAGAACCUGACAUUCCAGACAGAAUAUUCAUUGGUCGCAAACUCUUAAUGGAAUUCAUUUGCAUUUAUUCACUUUCCUGGAUCAAGACAAUUUGACAUUAGUUUUAAACUAAUGCAGAACCUGGAUAUGUUUUGGGUGAUUUUCCAUAGGACAAAAUCAGAUGGUAUCUGGAAAAAUAUAAAAGCUAUCCCACUCACAAAACAGGCUACAGUGUCCAUCAAUCUCCAGUUCCAGACAGAAGUAGUGGCUUUAAAUGACAUAAUGUACUGGAUAAAGAGACACUGUACAGUUGUGAGUGACCCACAAAAGAUUUAUGAUGAGAUUGGGCUAUGGAAUGGUGGAUGGAAACUGCAAGUUAAACUGUGGCAGACAGGGGUUACUCAUCAUUUACCACACAGUUUUUUUAUUGGUACGGACAGAGGCAUUUGCUAUUAUCCAGGACAGCCUAGAAGCUGUUAUAAAUGUGGGUCAAUAAGGCAUUUGGCCUAUUGCUGUGAUAAAAUAAAGUGCUCUCAAUGUAACUGUCUGGGCCAUAUGAGAUCAGAAUGCAAGCAGGACGUAAUAUGCAACUUAUGUUCUGUACAAGGUCAUACCUUUAGAGAGUGCCCAGAAGCACACCAUAAUAAGAUAAACGACUGUGUGCUAGAUUUGGAAAGCAUACUUACUGAAGCAAUGGAAGAGUCCAAUACAACUGAGAAACAAGAUACAAAUGAGCCACAGAAAGAUGACAUUACUGAGCCAGAAAACAUCUUAAGGAAAGGCGCCAAGGAAAUACAAUCUCCAUUAAAUGUUGAAAAGGGUCCAGUAUUAGAAAAAAACAGUGACAAAUUUCAGUUGGUGCAAGGAAAGCACAAGAAGAAAUGAAAAUAUUCAGGUUCUUGUGAGUCACAAAAACCUCCUCAGAUGCUUUCAUCAUUUGAGAUAACUGCUGGUCGCUAUGCUAUCCUGGAUGAACCUAGUGAAGAUGCCAUGGAGUUUAAACAGAGUGAAGGAUCUCUCUGGAAAAGGCGAUACACAGAGGAAUUGCAGUUGUUCUGUGAAGAAGAAGCAACUGCCUCUGUUUCAAUAAAACGAUAGGGAUCUCAAGGUGACAAUAUAGGAGCAGUAAAGAAGGAGCGCUGAGUCUCCUUGGUUUUUAUGACUUUACAUAUAUGCU